CCAAACCAGUCUUACUUGGAGGCUUUCGGAAUUUGGAUUCCACCGGUGGGACCUGGAAGUUGAAAUUCAUCACCUUUACAGAUACAAACUCAUCCUGUUUCUGAUUUUCAAUCCUCAAAAGCCAUCGGAAAGAUACCCUCCAUUCCAUUCUUCCACCAUUUUCUGUUUCCGCCAUUGGAGUACCCUUUUCCUGCUCCCCACUGCUGUUUUAUUUCAUCAUCAUUGCCGAAUUUUCGAAUUCUUCAUGGGGAAGGGAGGGGGUUGUGUCCCGAGCAAGAAGAAGGUGCCUUCGUCUAUUGCCGCCGAGGCCGCCGACGAUGAACGGGCUCCAGACGGCGACACUGCUGCCCCGAUCUCCAUCGAGGAAGAUCAUCCCCAAAUUGGUUCGUCGGGCAAUGCCACAUCCGAAGUCUCCGUCUCGCUGGCGCACCCAGUUGAGAAAUUGAAGAUUCUCAUAGUGUUUUACUCCAUGUAUGGUCACGUCGAGAGCUUGGCUAAGAGGAUGAAGAAGGGGGUGGAUGGGGUGGAGGGGUUUGAGGGGAUUUUGUACCGGGUGCCGGAGACCUUGCCGGCGGAGGUUCUGGAACAGAUGAAAGCGCCGCCCAAGGACCCGUCGAUCCCGGAGAUUACAGCAGCAGAAUUGGUGGCAGCUGAUGGCAUUUUGUUUGGCUUCCCCACGAGGUUUGGGUGUAUGGCAGCGCAAAUGAAGGCGUUCUUUGAUUCAACUGGGCAGCUCUGGAAGGAGCAGAAGCUCGCAGGGAAGCCUGCCGGGUUCUUUGUAAGCACAGGCACUCAAGGGGGCGGCCAAGAAACCACUGCAUGGACUGCAAUUACCCAGUUAGCACACCAUGGGAUGCUAUUUGUUCCCAUAGGCUACACUUUUGGAGCUGGUAUGUUCAAGAUAGACUCGAUACGAGGGGGGUCUCCUUAUGGUGCUGGAGUUUUUGCUGGCGAUGGCUCGAGACAGCCAAGUGAAACAGAGUUGGCGCUUGCAGAGCAUCAGGGCAAAUACAUGGCUGCCACAGUCAAGAAGCUUUUCCAGGCUUGAUGAAUUCUUUCAGAUUUCAGCAAUCAACCCUCAUUUAUGAUCGUUUCUUCCCUGUCCUGUCUCGAUUCAAAAUAUAGUUGUCUUGUGAUUGUUCUGGGCAUUUUUUUUACAUUACACGGUUUGUGCAAAAUAUACAAUGCCCCGUGUGGGAUUGUUUCGCUGUCUUCUCUGUACAUGGUCUAUGAUUCAUGGAUAUGGUGUAUGUGUUUGUCAAAUAAUGCUGUGAAAUGUGGAAUUUUUUUUGUUAAAUUUUGUUCCAUUUUGUUGGAAAUGUAAUUGACUUGGGGAUUCAAAUGGCACUGUUGUCUUCACUGUUCAUAUUC